AAAUAGGAAGUGCAGUGACAGUGACAGUCUUCUGAGAUAUUAUUGGUACUGUGCGUGCUGGCAGUAGCACGGAAUUGAAACCAUUCAAGUUUCCUUCAUGAAAAGAAAAGGUUUCAUCGCAGUUACAAUGGGUAUAUUAUUUUUACUAAUGGCGGUGUUGUAUAGCACUAUCAGUUCUCAGCUGUCUGACGCUUCUGGGCUUAAAACAGAUUAUCGCUUGUUGGGAAGAACGCUGUACAAACUUGAUAUAUCCUGGCCCAAGUACACGGAGCAUUUCACGGGCGAUGUGUUCGGGGUCGCUGUAAAUCAGCUGGCUGGUUUGGUGUAUGUAGCACAGCGGGGAGACAACAUUCCCAAAGUGCUGGUGUUCACCACAGACGGAGACUUCAUCCAGGCCUGGAACACCACCACCCUGGAGAUGCCUCACGGGAUCUUUCUGGCCAAUGCCUCCAAGAGCCCGUCCGUGUGGAUUACAGACGUGGGGAACGGGCCGUAUGGACACACCAUAAAGCAGUAUUCCCCCUCUGGGAAGCUGCUGCGGGUGCUGGGCUCAGCGGGUAAGGCCGGCUCCGGGAUCAACCCCCUGCAGUUCGACCAGCCGGCCGAGAUCUUCGUCCACAGCUCCGGGGAGAUCUACAUCGUCGACGGUGACGGCGGCAUGAACAACAGACUCGUUAAGCUGUCCAAAGACCUGCAGGUGCUCUGGAUGCAUGGGGAGAAGGGGUCCGGCAUGGCGCAGUUCUACAUCCCGCACAGCGUAGCCGUGGAUAACUACCAGAGGGUGUGGGUGGCCGACCGGGGGAACAAGCGGAUCCAGGUGUUCAACUCGGUGACAGGUGACUGGCUGGGGUCCUGGGGCAGCUGUUUCACGGAGGACGCCCCAUAUUCUGUCAGACUGACGCCGGACCAGAAGUACUUUGUGGUGGUGCAACUGAACACCAAUCAGAUCACUCUGCUGGAAGCCCCGCCCGUGGGUGCGAUUGGACAGUGCAAGGUGGUCAGUGUCAUCCAGCUGGCUGAGGACAUCAAGCCCCACCUGGUGGACCUGGACUUGAAAACGGGGGCUCUGUACGUGGCUGAGAUUGGGGCUCAGCAGGCCCAGAAGUUCACCCCAUUCACCCUGGGCGGCGGUAACCUGUAACUGGACUUUUUGGGGAUUGGGGGUGGGGGAAGGGUACUUCUAGACCGGUGGAGUUCCUCUUUUUUUCUUACAAGGUAAAAUAAUAAAGCUUUCGGCUCUUCACGGGCACUCUACCUCCACAUGGGGCUCAACAAUCACAAUGAAAAAAGAGACGCUUACAUAGCAGACGAUUCCAUCUUGAUUACUUAUUACUUAUUAUUUUUCGAGACAUACAAGACAUACACAAUCAUACAGUGACAUCACAAUCAUCGUGUCCUUCUUUCAUCCCUUUUAUCCCUUUUAUUUGUCCUGGUGCACUUUAUCAUAUCUAAAGUACUGACAGAGUACAUCAUGGAGCCUGUGGACAGACCUAUGAGAUUCACCAGGGGAAAAGGUUAAAAUGGCUUGAGAUGCCAUAGAAUGUACCAUGGAAUGAGUGAUUGAGUUUCCAGCCUAGAAAUGAAGGUUCAAAAGCCUGAAUUUCCAAUGGGCAAUUCCUCCUGUCAGUCUUACUUGAAUAGCACAGUCAGACAGAGGUGUUUCUGCUGUUCAGAUCUUGGUUUGAAUGGUGUUGAUUUGUGAAAGAAAUUGCUGCUGUCUAGAUUCUAGGUUUUGAACGUCACUGGGUCGUCAGGCUGGUAAGUCUCAGCUUGUGUGUGCAGUGCAUCUGUCUGUAUAUUAUGCCUAUAUAUGUGACACAGAGUCUGGAAGAUCUGUUCUUGGUACAGGACUAAUGUGCUUCAGUGUACUGUGGGUGGAACGUGAGUGUGUAUUUUAGAAAUACAAGAUUGGUCAAAAAGUUGAAGAAAUUUUAAUUAUUUUAUUUUGAAAUUAUUUGGCCUCAAAUAUAUUUAAAAUGUUUGGUGUUUGGAUGGUGCUGUUUUUAUUCUCAGUAAUAUCUCAGUAUCUAUGUCUUAUCAUAUCUAUGGUUUAAAUGGAAUAUGAGACUUGACUGCAUGUAAGUUCGGUGUCCUUUUUAAAUGACUCUUAGUCAUCAUUGAAUAGUAGUUGUGAAAAGUUUAUAAUUAUUUUGUUGACUAGUACAGAUGUAGCCUAGUUGAUAAUACAUCCUUCCUAAUAUGUGUAUAUAUUGUAAAUGAUAAAGCCAUAUGAAUUAAUGAGCUGUAGCUAUUUCUACUGUGAUUGUGCUGAAAUUUCCUCUUGAUGUGUCUUUGAUCUGAAAUAGGUGUGCUCAUCUUUGUUUUUUCUAUGAAUUAUACACAUGCACAAAUGAUUUUGUAUUGGAUUUGUAAUGAUCCUGAGAGUUUCUGAAAAUGCCUUCUUUCAUUGUCAUCCCUUAUAAUGUGCGACUGUCAUUCUUUAACUAUAUUAAAUAAUGAAAGGGAA